AUGUCAUCUUCGGUGGCUAAAGGGCAAGCGGAUUUUGCAUUGCAGUUCCUGCAAAAUAUCGCUAACUCGGACGGUCCUGUGGUUUAUUCGCCAUUCUCGAUCAGUGUUGCAUUGGCGAUGGCUUCACUGGGUGCUAAAGGGAACACUAAAACACAAAUCAACAAUGCACUGGCAAGUGGUGUUGAUGAGGCAGAGCUCUACAAGCAUUUGAGUUCGCAAUUGAACUCAAUUGUCAAUAACACAGAAAAUUAUGUGCUCAUUGUGGCUAAUCGUCUUUACGUGGAUCAUAAUGUUCCAGUUCUUGACAAGUACGUGUCUGAGGUUAAUGAUAAUUUUGCUGGGCAACUGCAGAAAGCAAAUUUCAGUAAUCUUCAGGCUGUAGCACAGGAUAUCAAUACUUGGGUUGAGAGUGCGACAAAUUCAAAAAUCAAGGAACUCGUGAAACCAGAUGAUAUCCAAGAUACUAGUAUGUUGAUUGCAAAUGCAGUAUACUUUAAUGGUGAAUGGAUGAAGCAUUUUGAUAUAAACGACACGAAACAGGAGACAUUUUAUUCUAGUCAUAAUUCAAAUCGUCAGGUUGAUAUGAUGCAUGGAGUAAUGCGAGCGUCUUACUUUGGCGAUGACAAUGCCGAAAUCUUACAGUUACCGUACAAAAGUACUGAUGUAAAUAUGUUUAUAAUUCUACCAAAGGAAAGAUUCGGUUUAGAAAAUUUACUGAAAAGUCUUACUGGCCAUAAUCUGCUUGAAAUGAUGGAAAAAGUUGAAGAGUUUGAAGUUACGGUAUCGUUACCCAAAUUUAAGUCUGAACUUAAGCUUGAUCUAUCUAAACCUUUAAAAGCGAUGGGAAUUUUGGAUGCUUUUUCAAAUGUGCAUGCUGACUUCUCAGGAAUUAGCAGUUCACCUCAGUACAUUUCUGGAGGUGUACAAAAAGCUUUUAUUGAGGUGAACGAAAUGGGUACAGAAGCAGCUGCAGCUAGUGGUAUAAUGAUAGAGCCAAUGAGUCUUCUGAUGCCACAAACAUUUACUGCAGAUCAUCCCUUCUUAUUCGUGCUUGCAAAGAGCGAUACAUUACUUUUUGUUGGCACAUAUAUUUAA